AUGGCUACUUGGACGAUCCCCGUUCUUGUUAUCAACAAAUAUUUGUUUAAAGAGUGCGUCGCGCCACUGCACGCGCCACACUACGCUAGAAAGAGAUACAAAUACGUUGUGCAACUCCGUAGGCGCGAUAAGCGUUUCGCUGCUCCAGUUCCGUCUCCCUCCUACUUAAGCGCACCACGCGCGCGAGAGUGUAAUAGCAACAUCACUCGUAAAAACAGGCAGCGCGCGGGGCGGCGCGCGUGGCCCGCUCUCAGUAGAUUGCGUGAGCUGAGCCGCGCCGGUCGCACACGACACAUAGUCGCGCGCUCCCGCCACACGCGACUCAAAACUUCGCUCGCGAUCCACUCGCACCGGCUUACCGCUGCCACACCACGUGAACUGAAAAUUGUUAAGAAAAAAUCACAACAGCUCCGAGACGAGCCGGCGCCGCACAUCGAACCGCUUAAAAAGUCGUAA